UGGUUUCGAAUCAGAGUUGAUUCACUCGAAACAAACAAGAACCAUGGCUAAUAUGGCGAACAUCAUCGCAUUCUGCUGCCUCGUCUUAAUCUACUGCAUCGUAGUUUCCCAAGCCUUGAAUAUCAUUUCGAGGGCCGGUUGGGGCGCUAGAGCUCCAAAAUGGGCUUCCAACAAUUUGGCUGUGAAUCCACCGUCCCAUGUCGCCAUCCAUCACGGCGAUAGUCCGAGCUGUUACAACAAAGCCGCCUGCACCUCCAGAGUUAAGUCUUAUCAAGAUUGGCAUAUGGAUGGUAACGGUUGGAACGAUAUCGGCUACAACUUUGUCGUCGGUGAAGACGGUAACGUUUACGAAGGUCAAGGUUGGGGUAAACACGGUGCCCAUUCCGUCCCGUUGAACCGCAGGAGCAUCGGCAUCUGUGUCAUCGGAACUUUCAACAAUGCCGCUCCCAACGCCGCCGCCCAAAAGGCCGUCAAGGAAUUGAUCGCUUUCGGUGUUAAGAACGGAAAGAUCCAAAAGAACUACAAGUUGGUCGGACAUCGUCAAGCGGAUUCCACCGAUUGUCCCGGAAACGCCUUCUACAACCUGAUCAAGGGGUGGCCACAAUGGUCCGCCAGCAUUUAAAUCAAUUACCACCGAAACGCCAUCUCUCAAUUUUUACGACAACCGAUUUUUUUUAAUUAAUAAAUGCGAUUUAUUGAAAA